AUGCAUUGCAUUGUUACUUACACACAACCUUUGGUGCUGAAAUCUAGGCCCAAACUAACAUUUUCCCUAUUUUUCUCAGUGACUGAAGAUGUGCUGCCUUUUCAAUUCAUGAUCUCACUUCCUCAUCUCAAAUGGUUGACAUCUGGUGAUCAGUGUUUCUGUGAUCUGAUGAUAACCCCGCUAUCUCUUCCUUGGGGACACUGCCUUGAUUCUUCCCGAGCAUUUCUUAUAAUGCGGAACAUGUUUUGGGAAAAGAUUUUCCAAAGUCCUGACUGUCUCGGCAAGAUUGCAAUAAUAUUUUAUGGCCUGAUUCCUCAGGCAUUGCUUUAUUAG